AUGGCUUCCCCGCCCACCUGCACGCUGCGCAGCCUGACCGGGAAGUUCAGGACUAACAAGCAACUUUCGGACAGCUCCGAUCCCCUUCUCGCCAUGCAAGGUAUCAACUGGGCUAUUCGUAAGGCCAUGGGUGCUGUGCCGAUCGUGAUCAACAUCAAGGCCUGCCCUCCCGAGAACGGGGUUGACGUGAUCGAGGCGGAGAACGUCAUCGGAGGGGGGAUUCACAAGGCCAAGGAGCGCCGCCUCCUCAACUGGGAGGUUGUUGAGAGAACUGAUGCCAACUUCGGCCGCCUCAGAGUCCAGAAUGGAUGGUCGGCACUUUCUGAUAUCAAGGAUGACUUUCUGGCCGCUGGCUUGGAGAAAGAUCAUGACCAAGACCCCGUUGUACACAUCAAGGUAGACAAUCUGGACCAUGGAUGGACACAGGAGCAGACGUGGGGGUUUGAAGAGAUUGGGGGCAUAAGACGCUACGUUCGCAAGAUUGUUGUGACGAAGGGCGAUACAAGCAAGGUCAUGCUAGGCUACCAUGGCUAUGGAGCUGAUACUAUCACAGAAAGCUCCAUCAAUGAGAGGGUAUCGAAGUCCCCUUGCUUCAAUUUGGUCAUUCGCAUAAGCCCCGACAUGGCUUAUGGCGAGGAUGUUGCCAUCAUCGGCCUCGACCUGAGGUUCCCUGGUGACGCCUCUACACCCGAAGAGUUUCAGAAGCUCCUUCUUGAAGGACGAUCUGCUUUGAGUGAUAUCAGCAAGGAGAGAUACAACAUUCAUGCCUUUUAUCAUCCAGAUCCCGAAAGGGCUGGUGCUAUCAACAUUCGUAAGGGACACCACAUCAAGGGUGAUCUUGCGGCUUUCGAUGCUCCAUUCUUCUCUAUUCCACCCGCGGAAGCGGCCUGCAUGGAUCCCCAGCAGCGUGGACUGCUGGAGUGUGUCUACAGGGCCUUGGAAAAUGCCGGUAUUCCAAUGGAGAAGGCUGUAGGCUCUGACACAUCCGUUUACAUCGGGUGCUUCACCCGCGAGUACGAUGGAGUCAUCACUCGUGAUCCCGAGCUUGAUCUUAGAUAUCUCGCAACGGGUACUGGCACAGCUAUGCUUUCCAACCGUCUCAGUUGGUUCUACGACUUUCACGGCGCCAGUAUGACCCUUGACACUGCCUGCUCCAGUAGUCUGAUGGCCUGUCACUUGGCCUGUACGAGCUUGAAGAUGAGAGAGUCUUCCAUGGCCAUUGUUGGAGGAGCCAACUUGUUUUACAACCCCGACACUUGCAUUCCCCUUACCAGCCUUGGCUUUCUUUCCCCGGACUCCAAGUGUUACAGCUUCGACCACCGCGCAAACGGCUACUCCAGAGGGGAGGGUUUUGGAAUCUUGCUCUUGAAGCGCCUAUCUGACGCUGUCCGGGAUCAAGAUACUAUUCGCGCAGUUAUCCGCAGCACCGUCGCCAACCAGGAUGGAAAGUCUCCCGGUAUCACACAGCCAACAAAACAGGCUCAGGUCAACGCCGCAGAGACAGCCUACCGCCAGGCCGGCCUUGAUCCCAGUGUCACUCGCUUCUUUGAGGCUCACGGUACCGGAACCCCCGUCGGUGACCCCAUUGAGGCCAGUGCCAUUGCUCAGGUAUUCAGCAAGCAUCGGUCCCCUGAGGAGCCCCUUCUUGUCGGUGCUGUCAAGAGCAACAUCGGCCAUCUUGAGGGCGCAGCCGGUAUUGCUGGCCUCAUUAAGGCCGUCCAAGUUCUUGAGACGGGUGUUAUCCCACCGAACAUCUGGUUUGAAAAGCCCAACCCGAAGAUCCUUCCGGAGUGGCAUCUCAAGUUCCCCACCGAAAACACUCUCUGGCCUACUGACGGCCUUCGGCGCGCUUCCAUCAACUCCUUCGGCUACGGUGGAUCCAACGCCCACGUCAUUAUGGACGAUGCGUACAAUUAUCUCCGAGAACAUCAGCUCAAGGGCCAACAUCGCACUUCUGAGCUUCCUAACAAGAAGCUAUUGCGAGCGCCAAAGGGCGAGACCGUCGAGACCAAGGGCCUCAAUGGCUAUGCCAACGGGACUGAAACGUCUCAUACAGAUGACUCCAACAGCGAGGUCGCGAACGGAGACUCUGAGGCCACCAAGAUUCACAUCAACGGGACCAAUGCCGUCAACGGAAACACAGGAGAUAAGAUCUUUGUUCUCUCCGCAGCUGACGAGGGCGGCAUUGAACGUCUCGCCAAGAUCUACGAGCAGCACUUGACAGCCAAGAAGGCGACCAUCGAGGACGAGGCAAAUUACCUCGAGGAUCUGAGCUUUACCCUCUCUUCUAGACGGUCACAGCUUGCUUACAGAGCCAGCAUCGUCGCUCCCAGCAUCGAGACGUUGAUUGAGAGCCUCGGUGGCAAGCUAACUGCCAUCAAAGCUGGCACCAAGCCCAAGCUUGCCUUCGUCUUUACAGGCCAGGGCGCUCAGUGGCAUGCCAUGGGUAGAGAGCUGCUUGAUGUCCCUGCCUUCAAGGAGAGUCUCGAAUCAGCUUCGGAUUACCUGCAUGAGAUUGGUUGUGAAUGGACGUUGACCGAGGAGCUUACCAGAGAUGAGAAGUCCUCUCGCAUCAACGACGCGGAGUUCAGUCAGCCGCUCUGCACUGCACUCCAAAUUGCCUUGGUUGAUCUCUUGGUCAGCUACGGCGUCUCUGCGGGAUCUGUCGUCGGCCACUCUUCUGGAGAGAUCGCGGCCGCUUACGCUGUCGGGGCCAUUUCCAAGUCCACUGCUCUCAGACUUGCAUUCCAUCGUGGUGCGCUUUCCUCUCAGCUCUCGCGUGGCGAAGCUGUUCCCACGGGUGGUAUGAUGUCUGUGGGCUUGGGUCAGGCUGAGGCAGAGGAGUACAUUGCUGGAGUCGACAAGUCCAAGAAUCAAGUUUUGUUCGUGGCUUGUAUCAACAGUCCAAAGAAUGUCACCAUCAGCGGCAGCGUCGAUCUUAUCGAUGAGCUGAAGGGGAAGCUUGACCAGGACGGGGUCUUUGCCCGUAAGCUUACUGUUCAGAACGCCUACCACUCUCCUCUCAUGGAGCCAAUUGCAGCCAAAUACAACCGGCUGAUUGGGAAGAUUAAGUCUGGUGUCUACGCUAGCAACUCGGCCCGUCCGGUGUUUUACUCUUCGCUUGAGGGCAAGGCUAUUGACAUCUCGGCUUUGAGAAGUCCUGGCUAUUGGGUGAGGAACCUUCUUUCUCCCGUCCUGUUUUCUCAGGCACUCUCAUCUCUUGUCAACGACUCCAACCAAAAGACCAAGAAACUCGGUGCCAAAUACAAGGGAACACCAAUCACGGAAUUGGUCGAGAUCGGACCGCACGCUGCUCUGAAAGGACCCGUUCGAGAGAUCUUGGCCCAGCUGGUCAACACGUCUUCCGUUGCCUACGAGUCCGUUUUGAUUCGUAAGAACUCUGCGACCAACACUUUCCUUCGGACUCUCGGUUGGCUGUUUUGUAAGGGUCACAGCAUCGACCUUACGUCCACCGGAGAGUCCCACCCCCAGCUUCUGGUCGACCUUCCCAGCUACCCCUUCAAUCACACCAAGACCUUCUGGGCUGAGAGCCGUCUGAGUAAAGGGUACAGGUUUCGACAGCAUGCUCGUCACGAGCUUCUUGGCGCUCCUGUCCCGGAUUGGGACAAGUCAAAUGCUAUUUGGAGGAACUGGAUAAGAGUCAACGAAAACCCCUGGGUCAAGGACCAUCGCGUCACUGGCACAACCUUGUACCCGGCCGCCGGUAUGCUCGUGAUGGCUAUUGAGGCCAGUCUCCAGCUUGCCGCUCCUGAGAGGAAGAUCAAGGGAUUCCGUUUCAAGGAAGUGUCUCUUCACAUGGCUCUCCGCGUACCGCUGAAUUCCGACGGUGUCGAGACGCACUUCCACAUGCGCCCGUACGUCGACAGCACGGCUUUGGCCGCUUCGAACUGGAGCGAGUUUGAGCUGCGCAGCUACGAAAAUGAUGGCUGGGUAGAGCAUUGCCGCGGUCACAUUCAAACGGAGUACGAAGUCCCCUACACACCCGUUGACAACGGCCUGGAGGACCGCCUCUUCGCCGAGCGUUGCGCUGAGACUGUUCGUAAUGCCGAGUCCAACUGUACCGAGGAGAUUCAGAUGAAACAACUCUACGAGAUCCUUCAAACUGUUGGAUUCGACUUUGGACCUACUUUCCAGAAUCUGUCCGACGUCCGCAUCGAUACCGAGCGCAACUCAAUUGCUACUGUUACGCCCCCGGAUAUCAAGAGCAAGAUGCCGUAUGGGCACAUCCAGCCGCAUCAUAUUCACCCUACAACUCUUGACGGUGUUAUCCAGAGUGUCGUCGUCGCCAUGACUAUGGGUGGCAAGGAGAUGGGAGAAGUCAUGAUUCCUACCUCUUUCAAGGAGCUCUGGCUCUCUGCCGACGGUGAGAAAAUGCAGAGCCCUCACAGAGUUCAUGCCCAUGCAAAGUUCCUUGGUCUGCGCCAAGCUGAGGCCACCUUCACUUCGGUUGAUGCUACCACCGGGGAACCUCUCGUCGUCGCAGAGGGAUUUGUCUCCACAGCCAUCGCCCAGAAUUCUUCCAAGAGCGGCUCUGAAUCCGGUCGUCACCUUUGCUUCAACAUCGACUGGAAGCCUGACGUGGCAUUUGUUGACCAGGACAUUGCGACCCGUACCUUCUUGGCUGAUGAGGAGCUGCUCAAGUUCGACCCUUCGGAGCUCAUCAAGAACUUGGAGACUCUUUGCUUCUUGUACAUGAAGAGAUAUAUGAAGACCGUCACACCUGAAAUGGAGCAAGAGAUGAAGCCUCACCAUCAGAAGUACGUUGACUGGAUGCGUUGGCAGUUUGAGCGCUACGCCGACGGCAAGAACUGUCAUCUCGAUCCCGACAUGGACGGGCUCGCCGAAGAUGACACCUACCUGAAGGAGCUCGAAGACAAGAUGGACGGCAAGUCACCUGAAGCUACACUUGUUGUGGCUGUUGGCAGGGCGAUGACCGAUGUUCUGGCCGGCAGAUUGGACCCUCUUCAAGUUCUUUUCGCAGAGAAGCGUGCUGAGAACGUCUAUCGCGCCGCGACCGGUGCUGCCAUCAGCUACCAGAGACUUUCGGCUUAUGUCGAUGCUCUCGCCACCAAGGAGCCUGGUAUGAAGAUUCUUGAGAUUGGAGCUGGUACGGGCGGCAUGACCCAUCCUAUGCUGGAGACCUUGACUCAUUACAAGGACCCCAACGCCAGCGGCAUCAGGUUCGCCAGCUACGACUUCACCGAUAUCUCCCCCUCGUUCUUUGAGAAGGCCAGAGAGGUGUUCCAUUACGCUGUGGACCGUAUGAACUUCAAGGUUCUCAACAUCGAGAACGACCCCGUUGCUCAAGGCUUCGAACUCGACAAGUAUGAUCUGGUCGUCGCUGCCAACGUCUUCCACGCUACCCAGAGCCUGGAUGUCACCCUGAAGAAUGUUCGCAAGUUGAUGAAGCCUGGCGCUCAGCUUCUUCUUUACGAAAUCACCAACAACACUCUGAUGCAGACCGGUUUCGGCUUUGGUCUUCUUCCUGGUUGGUGGUUGUCUGAGGAGGAGUACCGCCAAUGGAGUCCUCUCUUGAGCGUACCCGACUGGUCGACUCACAUGAAGCGCACCGGCUUCACUGGAGUUGAUCUGUCCUUCACAGAUUACCACGACCCCAACAACCAUGUCAGUUCCCUAAUGGUCGCAACUGCGUCCACCGGCGAUGCCAAGGCUCGAGCUCGUCCCGACGUUAUGUUGGUGACGUCCUCUACUUCGGGGGUCUCUGACUCGGUUGCUGCUGAGCUUAACAACACAUUGGCUCGUUUGGGCGUCGAAAACCGCACAACGUCGUCACUACUUGAUUUGACGGUCGAGGACUUCACCAACAAGGUGUGCAUCUUCCUAGGUGAUCUCCAAGCCCACCCCUUCCUGCUUGACAUGGCUUCCGAGCAAUUCGAUGGCCUGAAGAGGAUGGUCACCUCAGCCAGUGGUCUUCUUUGGCUGACCGCUGGCGGUGGUCCUUCUUGCAAGACCCCAACGGCCGAGCUUGUCACUGGAUUCUCGAGGACAGUCAGGGCGGAGAACCCCAAACUGAAAUUCAUCACCCUCUCCCUUGAGAACGGCAGGGAUGUAACGAGUAUUUCCAGGUACACAACUCAACUCUUCAACGCCAUUUUCUUGGCUGGAGACGACUCUGUCGUCGACAAUCAGUUUGCUGUCGUCGAUGGUACCAUUCACAUUCCUCGCCUUAUUGAAGCCACCUACAUGGACAAGGCCAUCAACGCAAAGACCAACAAGCCUAGACCCGUCGAGGCUGAAUUUGGCUCUGAUCCUAGCAGGGCUCUCAAGAUGGUCGUCGGCUCUCCCGGCCUUCUUGACACUCUCCACUUUGUUGAUGACCCGCUCUACGAGCAGCCUCUCGCAGAUGACCAGGUCGAGUUCAAGGUCAUGGCCAGUGGUCUCAACUUCCUCGACAUCAUGGUGUCUCUUGGCCAAGUCAUUGGCAACCAGAUUGGUAUUGAGGCUUCUGGUAUUGUCACCAGAGCUGGCAAGGAUUCCCCUCUCAAGCCGGGAGAUCGCGUUGCCGGCAUGCUCAGGGGUUCUGUCAAGACCUACGCCAGAACUCCCUACAAGGCUCUUGCUAAGUUGCCCGACAACCUUUCCUUCGUCAAUGCCGCAACGCUUCCCGUCGUCUUCGUCACCGCCUACUGCGUUCUCUACGACAUUGCCAAUAUUCAGCCUGGCGAGACCGUCUUAAUCCACGCCGCCGCCGGUGGUGUAGGACAAGCUUGCAUUCAGUUAGCUCACCUGCGAGGCGCCGAGGUGUACGCCACCGUCGGUUCUCUUGACAAGUGCGGGUUGCUUGAGAAGGAAUACGGCAUUCCCCGCGACCACAUAUUCUCGAGUCGUGACUUGACCUUUGCCCAGGGCAUUAAGCGUAUGACUAAGGGCAGAGGUGUUGACGUCGUCGUCAAUGCCCUCUCUGGUGCUGCCCUCCGCGCCUCAUGGGACGUCAUCGCCCCCUUCGGUCGCUUCGUCGAGAUCGGCAAGGUUGAUAUCUACUCCUCCGCCCGUCUCAACAUGGAGAAGUUCAAGAACAAUGUUCGCUUCGAGUUCCUUGACGUCAGCUACUUUGGCGAAAACCAUGAGGACUCCUUCAACAGGGUUCUCCGGGCCAUCAUGCAACUUGUAGCCGAGGGUAAGAUCAGCGAGCUCCGCCCUGUUACAACAUACCCUCUCUCUCGAGUUGAAGAGGCUUUCCGCUACAUGCAGAGCGGUGCCCACUCCGGCAAGAUAGUCAUUGAGCCACACGAUGAUGAUAAGGUCAUGAUCAUGCCCAGUCAGAAGCCGACCUACCACUUUGACCCCAACUCCUCUUAUGUCAUCUCUGGAGGUCUUGGUGGUCUAGGCCGAAGCAUGGCCAGCUGGAUGGUCCGCCGCGGCGCCAAGAACCUCAUCCUUCUAUCCCGCUUCGGCCCUGUCCGGGAGUCUGGACAGAAACUCAUCGCUGAGCUUGAAGCACAAGGUGUGCGCGUUGCUGCCCCUGCUUGCGAUGUUACCAGCAGGCGGACACUCGAGAGCGUUCUCGAUGAGUGCCAGAAGGAUAUGCCUCCUAUCAAAGGUUGCAUCCAGGGAUCCAUGGUUUUGAAGGAUGCUGUCUUUGCGAACAUGACUCUGGAGGAUUACGACGCUGCUGUCCGUCCAAAGGUCCACGCUUCUUGGAACCUUCACGAAGUUCUCCCUAAGGAUAUGGACUUCUUCAUCCUCUUGUCCUCAGGUUCAGGAAUCGUUGGAAAGGGUGGCCAGGGUAACUAUUGUACUGGCAACAGCUACCAAGACGCCCUCGCUCGCUACCGUGUCAGCCACGGCCUCAAGGCCACUGUUCUUGAUCUCGGUAUCAUCCUGUCCGUCGGAUACGCUGCCGAAAAGAUCGAUGUCAUGGGCCACCUGCGCGCCCAAGGCUACGCCGCGCUCAGAGAAGAGGAGUACCACGCGCUUCUGGAUGAACUCUGCAACCCGAACAACUCUGUCGCGCCUUUGAUUCGUUCUCAGAUCUCGCUCGGCUUCGAGAUUCCAGAGACCCUCCGGUCAAAGGGUAUCGAGUUCCCCGGAUGGAUGCACGAGCCCCUCUUCAAGCACAUCCACCAGAUCCGCACCAUGGGAGGCGCCAUUGAGGAAAGCAAAGACUCGGUCAACUACAGCAUGUUACUGGCCGGUGCGGAGACCCUCGAGGCGGCGGAGAACGUCAUCACGAAGGCCAUCAUCCAGAAGCUUUCCAGGGCCCUGGGCAUUGACGCCACGACUAUCGACUCGUCGCAGCCCUUGCACGUGUAUGGCGUUGACUCUUUGGUUGCCGUCGAAUUGAGGACUUGGCUGUCUAAAGAGAUGGGCGCGGAGGUUGCUGUAUUUGACAUGGUUGGCGACUCGACCAUCAGGUCUCUGGGAACUUUCGUGGCUGCGCGCAGCACUCUUGUUCGCAUCAAUAACGCUGAAUCUUAG